AGAAAAGCUCAAUUUUAUUGUGUGUGACUAGGAGACGGAUUUCUUGCAUCCACAGACAAAUUGAUGACCGAUGCGGGACGAGCUACGCCGGCAUCAAAGCCUCGGCCAAGAGGAACCGCAAAUCAAAUUCAACGAGACUCCAUUCGAGAGUGUGUUCGACAUAGGUGAUGAGUUAGGCAGCGGCCAAUUCGCAGUUGUCCGGAAAGUCGUGAAAAAAGCCACAGGCGAAGAGUUCGCAGCGAAGUUCAUCAAAAAACGCCGAUAUGCUACAUCGAGACGAGGCGUCACUCGAGCGAACAUCGAAAGAGAGGUCUCUGUCUUACGAACUGUUGGAGGACACAGCAAUGUGAUCGAAUUGCACGAAGUGUAUGAGACUCCUGGUGACGUCAUUCUAGUCCUUGAAUUAGUUUCUGGCGGUGAACUCUUCGAUCAUGUUUGCGCUAGAGAAUGUUUGGACGAGGUGGAAGCAGCUGCUUUUGUCAAACAAAUACUUUUAGGCAUUAAACACUUACAUAGCCUUCAUAUUGUACAUCUAGAUAUCAAGCCUGAAAAUGUGAUGUUAAAACGACGCGGGGAUUCACAAGUAAAGCUCAUCGAUUUUGGCCUUUCACGCUUAAUACCACCGGGUCAUACUGUAAAGGAUAUGGUAGGCACUCCAGAGUUUGUAGCUCCUGAAGUGGUAAAUUACGAACCACUUAGUCCCGCUACAGACAUGUGGGCUCUUGGAGUGGUUACCUAUAUUCUAUUAUCGGGAGGAAGUCCAUUCCUUGGAGAUACACGAGACGAAACUUUCUGUAAUAUUACUGGUGUCAAUUAUCACUUUACGGAUAGGUACUUCAAGAACACCUCAGCUUGUGCAAAAGAUUUUAUUUCACGUCUUUUCGUUCGAGACGUCACUCGACGAGCCACAGUGGACGAUUGUCUACGACAUCCGUGGAUUCGAGGGCCGGAUGGAGACGACGUAGAUUUGCGUAAAUCAUCGUGCAUAUCCAUAUCACAUAUUCAUUCAUUCAAACAACGACAACGAUGGCGGCGAGCUGUCGAGCUGGUAAUGGUCUGCAAUCGAGUGACGCGAUCGGUACGAUUGGCGAUCAACCAAGCGACAAAAAUGCAGCGAACGAUUGAGACCCGAUAUGAUCCGAACGAUAUGGUUACGUCCUCGGUGCUCAUUGCCGCUGAAAUGGGUGGUGUACGUGAGCUGAGCGAGUUAAGCAUGGUUCGCGGUUUCCCGAAUCUUAGCAACAAGCAAAAAGAAACAGCAGCUCAUGUUGCAGCCGGUGCAGGUCACAUUGAAGCGCUGAGUUUUUUGAAUAUGAAAGGAGCACAGUUGUCUGCUGAAGAUCAACGAGGUGAGAAGCCUCUACAUUGGGCAGCUCGAGGAGGACAUGCAAAUGUGGUGGCAUUGCUGGCUAAUGAACGGGUUGACGUUAACGCUCUGAGCAAGACCGGUGAGUCAGCCCUUCUAAUCGCAUCCCGAUACGGUCACGUCGAUGUCGUUCAAGCCCUACUGGAACGAGGAGCGAACGCUGCGAUUCGGGACCAGAAUAUGUUUUACACUGCAUUUACGUCACUUCCUGCUCGCUUUCUCGCAGAUUUCCUCGGGCUUAUGAUCGGUUUUCACCCCGGCCGUCACGCUGUAAUCCCUGUUCAGCCGGAUCAACGCCAUUAUAACACGGCUUUCUCGUAUCGUAGAGCCAUGGUCACGUCGGACGGUUACGCGGAUGACCCGACGCCUACGGGCGUUGGGGAGCCGUCGUUGAAGGCGGCGACGAUGGUGAAGAAGACGACCAGCGCUAGCAGUUCAGAAGAGGAUCACAAGCAGCUGAGCGGCUUGCCAACGGCUGAGCCGUCUCCAGAAUCGGAUGAGCUCGACUCAUCUUCAGACGAAGAAGAAGACAUCGCCCGCGUCGGCUCUUUCCACACCGUCCUACCCGGCUCAGUGAUGGCCGCUUACCUUACCGACCCUGUGGUAAACCCCGCAGCUCAAUCGCUUUAUGCUAUGAAUGCGGAUCGAGCUCGUUCCAUCUACCAGACUGAAUUCGACAGUCCACGUCCUCGAGCCGCCGAUCAAGUGCCGACACUUCGACAACCGCCACACCUUCUGGAUGAGAAAUCGCGAAAUUGCAAUUACUCGUCCACACCCUCGACCAGCAAUUUUAUCUCGCUUGUCACUGACUUCGAAGCGACUCUCGCGCAUCCGUCCUGUUGUAUGCUGAUUGAUAAGUCGAUUCAGGAUGAGGAGACCGCGCUGCAUUGUGCUGCCGCUCGUGGACACAUGGAAUGCGUGCAAACACUACUCGAUGGGGGAUCUCCGGUGGAUGAGCUCGAUAGUCACCAUCGUACGGCUCUGGUGUGUGCGCUUGAAAACGGUCACCUCGACAUCGCUCUGCUUCUCAUCCACAAAGGCAGCAAUAUCAAUGAACCGGACGAGAAAGGCAACACACCGCUCCACGUGGCGUCAAGGCUCGGCUUGCUUACAGCCGUUCAAACACUCUGUCAUUGCGGCGCCGAUGUCGAUAUGACGAAUCAAGACUCGUUUACGGCACUUCAUCUAGCCGCUAAGGAAGGCUUCCUCGACAUUGUUAGAGUGCUUUGCUUGGCUAGGUCGAACGUUACAAGAAAAACAAAGGACGGUUUGACUGCUGAGAUUCUUGCCUUGGCUUCUGAACAUACACACGUGGCCUCGUUACUUGCCAAAAUGAAAUUGGAUAACGUGCGAGAAGCCUAUAUUGACCAGUUAUGUCCUAUGAACACCCCGUUACGACGAAUAAAACUGAAAUUAUUUGGACAUUCACAAACUGGGAAAUCUCGUCUGAUUCAAUCGUUACAUUCCACACGUGGUAUCACAUCUAGCAUUAUUGAUGCUGUAUCGCGAAGAAUCUCUGAUCAUUAUAGCCCAAGCAAUACCAUGAACAAAGAUGAUGGAAUCCACUCCGGCCAAGGAUCAUCGUUCUCAUCAGAAUCGAACAACAACUCGUCCGAUCAAUGUGCACAUCUCGUCCAAAUCCCAGCUCAUUCUGCAUAUACACGAGGCAUUGAUGUGCAAAAUAUCAACUGUGCAGGGUGUGGCGAAUUUUCCGUGUGGGAAUUUGGUGGCUAUGAGCCUUACCAUAUGGCUUACGAUCAUUUCGUGGGAAAUACCGACUGCAUCCAUGUGGUUCUGUUCAGAGCUUGUGAUAGUACCGAGGAACAAUACAAGCAAGUCCUCUAUUGGAUGAACUUCCUCAAGGGGCGGGUCACUCCCACUGAGCCUAUUGGACAUUGUGGAAUAAUCUCAAGGCGAUCAAAAGUGGUCAUCGUUGGCACACAUGCCAGCCCUACCCUGUUCCCUUCUAAAAAUGCCGAGGGGGAAUAUGAGUCAUCUGACACAGAAGCCAUGCUAAAAACCGUCCGACUUCGGUUCGAGACCCAUUUUGACAUCUGUGAUAAAUUGCUCCUCCUCGACUCCACCAAUCCAUCAUGCGCUGGCAUGAAAGCGCUAAAGAACUAUCUGAAAGAAACUAGAGCCACCAUAGUUGCGAGGUUACAAAAACCCAUUGGCCUUCUAGACGCUACGAUGCCAUUCCUACAAUCGUUACGAAAACAACACGCAAAUUUCCCCGUCGUUUCAUGGCCCACAUUUGCGUCAAUCGUCCGAACUGACGUCAAUCCACUCACUGGCGACGCUCACUGUAGACAGCUAAUCCAACAGCUGCAGCUUAUCGGCGAGGUUGUCUAUUUGCGGGAUGAAACGGCCGAGAUGGAUUAUGUUGUGUUGAACCCGGAAUGGCUCGGCACUCACAUCAUCGGUCAAUUGCUCAGUGCAGAAUUCCUUUCGAGGUGCAGGAUCAACGGCACCUACUCGCUCGAGCACUUUUCGCCAAUCUUUCCCGAAAUACCUGAGCCAACAGAUCUGUUGCGAAUGUUAGACGUACUCCAGCUAUGCGCUCCUGCUGAGCCCGAUUCCGAAGAAACGUUCGAGUUUCCCGCCUUUAUUCUCGUCAAUGAACCUCACGAUGUGUGGGUUAGGAACAAGUCGACAUACGUCUAUGGAGGUGUACGAGUUCAUCCUAUGAGAGGAAUGGAACGAUCGCUACAAAGCACAUUCCCAAGGAUUCAAGUAGCGCUGCGCAGGAGUAUGCACGACUUUCAGGACCCAAUGGAUGCCGAUCUCAUGCAAUGGGCCGGUUGCAGCAAGAUGUCAUCGGGUCAGAUGGAGGCUCUUGUACGAAUACGUGGAGAUGCGGUUGAGGUGCAAGUACGAGGUCCAGCAGAACGUGCCACAUCAUGCUUCUACUUUCUUGAAGACGUCGUCAAUCUUGUGGAGCAAACAGCCAGCGAAGUUGCUCCCGGUAUAGGUCUUGAGAGACAUUUCCUCAGUCCGAAAUGUCUGCAGGAACAUCAGAAGAAUCCAGCCUCAUUCCCUCCAGAAGCGAUGAUGGCAAUGCAACAACAAGAAUCACUUUCUGUGAAAGGAACACAUGAUGAAGAGGAGCUUUUCACAGAUGUGGUUUGCUUCGGUUCACGAGAAGUGGCUCGUCUGCUUACACUGGGAAUCGACGUGGGUGUCGCCGAUCUUUCGAUCACCACCCGAUGCGAAUUGGCAGCAUUGCUGGAUCCUCCAGAUGCAAUGGGCAGAGACUGGUCUAUAUUGGCAGUCAAGCUCAAUCUGACCGAUCAGGUCCCUGAGGUGGACUCAACAGGACAAUCGCUGUCGCGGACAGAUCAGCUUCUAGCCGAAUGGGCCAUUCAACAACCCGAGCACGCGACUGUCGGGCGGUUGUGCGAAAUUCUUGCCGAAUUGGGCCGAUCCGACGCCAGGGAUACCCUUUACCGUACCGUACCCUUGUACCUUUUUGCACCGCUAGAUGAUGCCGUACACCCGGCCGAUUGUGGCGACUCUGGGGUCGUCUCAUCGUGCCAUUCUACCGGCGAUCCUAGGACAAGUUCCAUAUCAUGACGCUAGGGGUGUUUUCUCUCCUAAGUCUAGAACCAAAAAAAAAACUAACACAAUUCUUCCACGGGUAGUACAUACCGCUUAUUUCUCUUCGUCAUUCGCGUUCGCUUCUUGUUUGCUCGUCUUCCGCGCGUGCGCCGCCUCUUCUACUCAUUCUCACUCUCUCUUUUUUCUUAAUCGCAGUCUUUCUUCGAACUUUUUUUCUAGCUGCACC